AUGCGCAGGCUGGAUGACAUCAUUUUGCAGAAGGCGCCGCAGUGCAUGACGGGAGCUGCGGGGAAGGAGCCAAGCCGCCGCCCUCACAUUUGCUGCGAUGUGGCCAAUGAGAGGCCAGCGGCCGUGCCGGCCAAUGCGACGCCUCGUAAAUGAUGUCAUAUAGCAGCUGCUGUGGUCCUGAUGCUGCGGAGGCGCACAUCGUCUUCAUUCUCACCCUCGUCUUCACAGCUAAGGGCGACAUUACAGCUGGUGCGCGAUUCUCUGUUGACGUAGCGCCAAAGUCUUCUUCCAGAGCACCAUGACGUUUUCAGCCCACAGAGAGAAGUUGCGAGAACUCCCCCUGGUGUCCUUAUUGUGCUCCUGUAUUGUCCAAAAAGCCCCUGACGCCGCCGCCGCCGCCAGCGCCGAGAAGGAAGGUCAGUUCAUAGGUACAGUGGACCUGAAGCUGGGCGCCAUCCGCCACCUGGAGGUGACGGAGGUGAGCGGGCAUGCGAGCGGCCGGGCCUUCCAGGUCAUCCUCAAGCCGCCCAGCUUCAACGACGCGCCGCCAAAGGCCAUUGCGCCGCCUCGUCGCAAGCCGUCGCUGCAGGAAAUCCGGAACAAGCGGGACGCUGCCCACCGCACGGGAAGGGAGGCGGAGCUUCUCAAGCACUUGGCAGGGAUAAGGGAACCCGAACGGCAGGUCGCCAACAAGCUCAGCGAAGACGUCAGCAAAGACGUCAAACCCUUGGCGGAGGUGUCUUGACGAAGCGUGCGAUCGCAACACCGGCUCAAUUUCAGCGUCUGCUUCGAGCGGGACAAAGACGAGCGUUUCCCAACGCGAGUCACUCCAAGAAGAGGAAGUGAGACCGACGCGCCCUGGGUGGCGACGGCACUUCUGCGGGACGGCGGUCACUGUUGUCACCUGCUGCCGACAGAGGGCGUGACAGCAAAGUCCACCUUGCUUCUAUUUGUAAAUAAAGACGUGAACAUAUGCUCA